AUGGAAAUACCGCAAGCUCUCUACACAUGGGUUCUAAUAGCUGUCAUGCUGUGUGUGCAAUCGGGGAAUACUUUGUCGAAAUGCCGUGUUGAUAAUCGUGGCCAUGCUCCUUAUCGAGUACCAACAGGUCAAUCUCCAGUCGUCUAUCCUCCCAAUGUAAAAAUGCAGCCUCCUUAUUCUUCUUGCAGAUGGGUACCAUACACUAAUCCAGCAAAGCCACAAACCGAAUGUUCCGAAGGUUCACAAAAUGUUCUCACAUUAGUUAUACCUUUGGUUAUCCAUCCGACAUUUGUAACAGCAGCUGGAUUAGCUCAGGUUGCGAUUAAACGAGUAUCGAAUCAAUCCACGAUCAUUCAGACCGAACCACUGACGAACCUUCAUUUGUCAAUAAACUAUUUCGAUUGUUACAGUGAUAGAGAAGUCAAAAUUAUCCAAGAUGUAUUAGCCAAAUAUAUCUUUCCGUUCAUGACAGUCACAUUACAAGGUUCUGGUUGUGAUAUAGAUACCGUCCAAGGAUACAUAAUAGCCUUGGCUACUCAGAACUCAUCAGCUGCUUUGUCCAAAUUAGCUAGUGGAAUUGAGGCAGCUGUGACUGCUGCGGGUGUCACAAUCAAACAAAAAAGCGUUGACCGAUUUCAUAUGACAUUGGCCACAGUUAACUAUCAAUAUCCGAGCGACUGCACAGUCAAAAAGUUGAAAUUCCCCAAGUUAAAAUCAGAAAGGAUGUACUGCUAUUUGCUCAGUCAAACAAAUGGAAGUUUCGAAGCAUAUGCUGCCAGCGGGUCCUCGACAGUACAGAAGUCUGUUUGUGAAACAGAAAAGCUGUUUGGCUAA